CUGUAGGGAUUUCCGUUUCCGGUUUCGGGGGCGUUUAUUUUGUGAACAAACCGAAAACGCGCAUGAUCGCAGUUGGUCUUCACCUUUCCGAGCGAGAGUGACAGUCGCUGGUUCAUGAGGAGAGAGGAGAAGUUACACACCGCCAAACCUUCGCCUUCUCCUCGCCUUCGCCAUGGAGGCUCGGGUGGGCUUCGCCCGCGAGGAAAUCAACAGCACGGUGUGGGAGGUUCCGGAGAAGUACACCCGGCUCAAGCAGAUCGGAACCGGGGCGUACGGCUGCGUGUGCUCAUCAAUAAACCAGAAGUCUCAGGAGAAAGUGGCCAUCAAGAAGCUCCACAGGCCUUUCCAGUCGGAGAUCUUCGCUAAGAGGGCCUACCGGGAACUGCGCCUGCUCAAACACAUGAAGCACGAGAACGUGAUCGGAAUUCUUGACGUGUUUACGUCUGUUUCCUGCAUCGACGACUUCCAGGACUUCUACCUGGUUAUGCCGUACAUGUUCACGGACCUGUCCAAGGUGCGGGGGCACCUCUCUGAGGACAAAGUCCAGUUUCUGGUCUACCAGAUGCUGUGCGGACUCAGGUAUAUCCACAAGGCUGGAAUCAUCCACAGGGACCUCAAACCAGGAAACUUGGCAGUAAACCAAGACUGUGAGCUGAAGAUCCUGGACUUUGGGCUUGCUCGCAGUACUGAUGCUGAGAUGACCGGCUAUGUGGUGACCCGUUGGUACCGGGCGCCCGAGGUCAUUCUGAACUGGAUGCACUACACACAGACUGUGGACAUCUGGUCUGUGGGCUGCAUCAUGGCUGAGAUGAUCAACGGGAAAACCCUUUUCAAAGGAAAAGAUUACAUGGAUCAACUGACACAGAUCAUGAAAGUGACGGGAGUACCUGGACCAGAGUUCAUCCAGAAACUGGACAGCCAGGAGGCCAAGAAUUAUGUGAAGGCGCUCCCUAAGUACCCCAGGAAAGACUUCUCCACACUGUUCCCCCGGGCCAGUGCCAAAUGCGUGGACCUGCUGGAGAAGAUGCUGGUCUUGGACGGGGACGAGAGGCCCACAGCCGAACUGGCGCUGGAGCAUCCCUACUUUGAUGGCCUCCGAGACCCCGACGACCUCCCUGAGCCCGAGCCCUACGACGACAGCCACGACAACGCCUCGCUGGCCCUGGAGGAAUGGAAGCGGUUGUGUUUCCGAGAGGUGAAGAGCUUUGUGCCCUUCCCCCGCAGAGACUCCAAGAGGAAAAACACGCUGACUAUGACUCCAUGACUUAUGAUUGAAUGUCAUGUAAAUAUGAAUAUAUAUGUAUGAAUACAUAUAUAUGUAUGUAUAUAUAUGCAAUGUAUGCUUCUGUUCCGAUUUGACUCUUGCACUGUAUUAUGUUUACAUUAGAAACAGUUUUGACACACUUCUUUCAAGUGGAGGUGUAAAACUUGAUUUCUCCUUACAUUGCUCUGCAAAUUCAACAAAAGUGUGCUAGUACACAGUCCCAGAUACAGUAGUAGUGUAGUAUUAUAAGUACCCCAAUGUCAGAUGGAUUAUAUUACAGUUUUUGUAUUAUUUGUAUCAUUUACAUUUCCACUUAAUUUUAAGACAAACGUGUAUAUUUCCCCAAAUUUUACCAGUUUUAUGUGAAAUUAUAUUAAAGGUUGUUUUUUGUUUUUUUGCCAAAAUGUAAUAUUGAGUCCAUAAAUGUAUUUAAAAAAAUAAAGAGAUUAGAUUGUGACCUAAUUUACUAACCUGGUGACUAAUUAACUAACGUAAAAAAAAAUCUGAUAAAACUGUAGUCAUUGAUUUAAUGUUUGAAUGUAUGUUAAUAUGA